CAAAUUAGAUUAUUUUCAAAAUACUAUGUAACAUAUAUGAAUUAUAUGAAUAUCAUUAUCAUCAAGUCAUCAAUAAAGAUCAACGUUUAAACGACAAAAGGCUGACAAAGUCAAUGGAUACAAACGAAAGAAAACGACGUUCAAAAAGACCACGGAAUACUUCAAACAAAAAUUACGGACUACACUCAAUGUCAGCAAAAUAUUUUCAUUACAGUAUGGGGAAUGAUCGUUCCAAAUCUGCUCCAAUUUCAGUAACUCAAUUUCCAAUAGAACAUGAUGGGCUAUUCAAACAAGAUGAAAUAAGAAUUCAACAAAAUUCCACUAAGAAACAAUCUUCGCUCACUGAGCUGCAAACUUCUAUAAAACAAACUUGUAAAUCAAGAGUUCGAAAAUCACAAAAAACUUCAAAACUUUACAAACUUUUUCAAUCAAAACAAAAUUUUAGUGGGACAUUGGUGAUCGCAUUAUUUAUUUUGUAUAUUUUAACUGAAAAUGUGCAUUCUACGCAAGAAAGUGAAGCACCGUUUCAUCGACAACUUUCUAAGAGAGAAAAACGUGAAUUGGAACAAAGGUUAUUAUCAGUAAUGGGUCUUCCACACCCACCCCGACCCACAGGAGUCCAACAAGGGUCAGCUCCUCUUUACAUGAUGGGACUUUAUAAUACGGUAUCAGGAUUUGAUGAAAUAUUUGAAAAGCAGAUCAAAACAUCUGAUCAAAAAGUAUCCAAUCCAAAUUUCCCACAAAAGCGAGAUUCACCACUGUCAGCGAAACAAAACUUAUUCAACCCAAAUCGCCCGAACGGGCACUCUGCUGGUCCAUUCAGCGACACCUAUCCUUAUGAUGUCAGAGUCACCACUACCAAUUCUGCUUGGUAUCGAUACAGUGAAGCCCAAAUGGUUUUCCAAAACGAAGUUGGAAUUCCAAUACCUUCAAUUCACAGUUUACCUACAGAACGAUUGGAUAGCGGUUAUUAUAUGAACGAUGGAAUGCUGGAAGCUGGACUAGAGCGAAAUCUUCUGGAUAGGGCGGAUGUUGUUAUGAGUUUCCUCGCGGCAAAUAAAGGAAACAACGACGAUGAUGAUUCUUCGCGUCCGAUGUUAAAACGACACAGAGCGUUUCAUUUCGAUGUAGAUCAGAUUCCGAAAGAAGAUUCUCUGACAGCAGCUAAAUUUCGACUUUACAAAGACAUCUCCGACUUUUCGUUGGGAAAUGCGACUCUGCGAGUAAACGUUUACCAGGCUACCACCGAUCGGAAUAGACAGUUUCAAUUGUGGCAUCUGGGUAGUCGAAUUGUCAAUUGCACUCAGGAAGGUUGGCUUGUGAUUGACGUAACUUCUGCUUGUCAGGACUGGUUGAAUUAUCCUUACAAUAAUAUGGGACUAAGAGUAUCAGUGGAAACGCUUGGAGGUCGACUUAUCAAUCUAAACAAAGCCGGUAUAGUGGGAAAGAGAGGAGAAUCUGCAAAACAAGCAUUUCUCGUUACCUUCCUGACACAAGGUGUUGAAAAUUUACCGGAAGAUUUAUGGAAAGAAAAAAAGGAAAAUAAGAAAGGAAAUAGAUAUAAAAGAAACACAGCAUAUGAUCGCAACCCGGAUUACGGCUCUAAUGAUGAAUAUUUCGACAUGUCAAAAGAUGAUUUUGAUGGAAAUGAUAUAACUCCUCAAACUGAAAACAGGAAAACAAAGAAAGCAACGAAAAAAAGCAAAGGUGGUUCUAAGAAAGGAUAUUCUAGAAAAAGGCAACGAAACCGAGUACGUAAUAAUAUUCGUUUUGAAAUGAAUGAUGCUUGUCACAGGGAAAAACUCUACGUUAGUUUUCAAGAUUUAAAUUGGGAUGGAUGGAUCAUUGCACCGGCUGGAUAUUGGGCAUACCACUGUCAGGGAGUCUGUCGUUUUCCUCUCAGCGCAAAAAUGAAUGCUACAAACCAUGCAAUAGUCCAAACACUUGUUCAUUUGCUCGACCCUGACAGACUCCCGAAGCCAUGUUGUUCCCCUACUAAACUCGACGCAAUAUCAGUUCUCUAUUAUGAUGAUAAUAACAACGUCGUCUUCAAAAAAUAUAAAAAUAUGGUAGUCCUAACUUGUGGCUGCAACUAAAAUUAUAAUAGCAUCAGAAGUCCACUGUAAACGUUACGGGAGACGAUCAUGUCACGAAGAGUUGGCUGACAGGAAAAGUGAUCUUGGUGCCUGGGGGGCGUCAAUAUGGGAAGAGAUGGGACAACAAAUCGUAAAUUACAAUACACACGAAGAGAGUAGAAAUGAUAGGAAGUUAGAAUUAGAAAUUUCAGAUUGCUAUACGAAACAAAACGUUGAAAACAAUCACAGUUACUAUAAAUUAUUAAGGUCGUAUUAUGUAUAUAUCAUUUGCUACAUCACUUAUAAACGAGUGUUACAUCUCAUUCCCAAGGAAGGGACUGCUUUUAUAUUUAGAAAGAUGUUAACAAUGAUACAAUGUAUUAAAGUUGUACAUACUAGCUUUUCAAUUUUACAUAAUAUUUGUCAUUAUUAUUGAUUUGGCUUUUAUGCUUUAUGUUUAUCUAAUUUAUCCUUUAAUUUUGUUCUAAUAAACUUUGUUGUUAUAUUUUG